CCAUGUUGUGCAGCCAUGUUCCACAGCAGCACCCAGCGCCGGCACUGGACCUUCCGCGGCGAGGAGGAGCUGUCUCGGCGCCGGGCCGAGGCGAACCGCCGGGCUCGAGGCAGGGCCGCGGCCACCGGGAAGGUGCCGCAGGGCGAGCUGGUGCUCCUGGAGCCGCACGAAGAGCUGGCGAUAUGCAAGUACUACGAGAAGCGGCUGUUGGACUUCUGCGCCGUGUUCAAGCCCGCGAUGCCGCGGUCCGUGGUGGGAACAGCUUGCAUGUAUUUUAAACGCUUUUACCUCAAUAACUCAGUGAUGGAGUAUCAUCCUCGGAUAAUAAUGCUAACGUGUGCAUUUUUGGCCUGUAAAGUAGAUGAAUUUAAUGUAUCCAGUGCACAGUUCGUUGGUAACCUUCGAGAAAGCCCUCUUGGACAGGAAAAAGCUCUUGAACAAAUACUGGAAUAUGAACUGCUGCUUAUUCAGCAACUGAACUUCCAUCUCAUUGUCCACAAUCCAUACCGGCCAUUUGAGGGAUUUCUAAUCGAUUUAAAGACUCGAUACCCAGUGCUGGAAAAUCCUGAAGUUUUGAGGAAAACAGCUGAUGACUUCCUCAGUCGAGUGGCUCUGACAGAUGCAUAUCUGCUCUUUACUCCCUCACUGAUAGCUCUCACUGCCAUAUUAUCUAGUGGUUCAAGAGCAGGAAUUAAUAUGGAAAGCUAUUUAUCAGAGAGUCUUAUGCUGAAAGAGAACAGAUCAACCUUAUCCAGACUACUAGAUGACAUGAAAUGCAUGAAAAAUCUCAUCAAGAAAUAUGAACUGCCAAGGGCUGAAGAGGUUGCUGCUCUGAAACAGAAAUUAGAGAAGUGUCAUACCUUUGAGCUUGCACUUAAUACAAACCCGAAGAAGAGGAAAGGUUAUGAAAAUGAUGAAUAUGUUGCAAAGAAAUCCAAAAUGGAUGAGGAAGAGUGGACUGAUGAUGAUCUUGUGGAUUCUGCAUUACCUUAAAGGAAGAUAGACUCCUACCCCUCCAGGAACGAAUUUGGUGCCAGGUGUGACCCUACCUGCCACAGGUUCUUUAUAUUCUGUGUCAUACAGUUUUUAUGCUUUCAGUGUUUAUCUUGGCAAAAAAGCCUGUUACUUUGUUAAAAUAAAAUUAGUUGUGGUUCCUUUAAACCCUCAUCCAUGAAAGGUCAAGUAUUAGCAAGAAAUACUUGCUUUUAGAAAUCUGGCACUCGUUUGUGGUUCGGGAACAGUUUGCUGUGCAUGAAGUGUAGUGUUAGAGCAGGGCAGCCACUACUUUGUUUCAUUUUCAUAUACCCCAUUGAAACAUAAACAGUUUUACAAUACACACACUUAAAUGCAGCUUUGGGCGUUGCCCAGUUUCAUUUUCUUUGCUGCAUUUUGUAUGUAACAGCUAGAUUAACCAGGCAUCUCUGUGCUCAACAAUUUUUUUUUACCAUGUUGUACUGCCUACAGCCAGCCACCUCAAUCCACAAAAUAAUCCAUUUUAUAAAACUCUGUUAAGAUCUAAGUGCGGCACAAUGAGAGAUUGUUAAUUACUUACUCCUCUCAGAUGCAGUUUAAUACAGACUUCACAGGGUUAUGGGACAAUCUAAAAAAAGACUUCUGUGGUACCAAGGUCUUGCAAACGGGUGUGUUGUCACUAUGGAGAGCAUCAUCUAUGCCUGCUGAGUGCAGUACUUGCAACACUUGGGAGCUCUCAGCUGUAGCACUGGACUCAUUUCAAGGAAGCAGUUCAGCUGGACACCAGGGUCAGCACAGCAGAGCCACUAUCAUACUACAGCAAAGACCUAAAAGUAAAGUCUCUGAUUUCAUGUGACAGUGAAUUGAAAAAGCAGUUCUGAUAGACAGGAGAAGCAGCAGUGUAGGUGUUUUAAUGGUGUAUCAACAACGUUCAUGUAAUAAAAUUAUUUGAUUAUCUCAGUCUUUUAA